AUGAGCUCAAUUAAUUGCACCGACAACCUUAACUCCUCCGACGGCUCUGUAUGCGUAGAAAGUAAUAAUACGGUUAAUAAAGAGUUAAAAAAUAUCGGAAAAAGAAAAUUGAACAUAAAUUCGGAUCAAAGUAGUUGCACCAAUAGUCCUAAAGCUACUUCAAAUGAUUCUAUGAGAGCAGAAAGUUUGAAUGCCAUUUUGGACAUAUAUGAUGAUCUGGAUCUUUGUAACCAAAUUCACAAUUUUUAUCGCCUGAUUGAUUUGUGCAAAGACACGGGAUCUGUCGGAUUUUGUAAGCUUAAAUUCGACAAUAGGGACUCUAAAGAAGAUGAGUUAUCUCUGCCCUCGAGCCUUCCUCCUGCCAUGCCAAUAGAGUCAUGCAAUAACCAAUCAUUUAUCACCAGUUACGUGGUUGAAACCAAGGAAACACAUAAGUCGAGUGGACAUGCUAGCGAAUUCCUUAAUGAAAUAAGAAAUUAUAAUCUGGGAAUAGACUCGUCCGUUUCUUUAGCUGAGUUGAUAGAUUUGGCCGAAUUCUUGUCUAUAGAAAGCGAUAUAAUCAAAGCAUAUAAAGAUGAAAUGGAGAUGACUCGAUAUUGA